UAUAGUUUCAGACAGUAACAGACUAACAAACAGUAUACACAACGGUAUUAUAUUGGUAAUAUCUCAAAGAGCGCAGAGAGAUCAAAGUCAAAACAAUGAAGAGAGGAACUUGCAAGAGUCUUAGACUAACAGAUAUGGUGGAAAAGUGGAGGAAGUGGAAGAAGGGACACUUCGCUGUGUACACCAGAGAAGGCAGGAGGUUUGUUUUGCCGUUGGAUUACCUUAAACAUCCAAUCUUUCAGGUCUUACUGGAGAUGGCAGAGGAAGAGUUUGGUUCCACCAUUUGUGGCCCUUUACAGGUUCCUUGCGAUGGAGGUUUGAUGGAUCACAUCCUCAUGUUGUUGAGAAAGAGGAGUAUGUAUGGUCAUGGUGAUAAUGAGGAUGAUGAUGAUGAUGAUGAUGUGAAGAAGAAGAAGAACCAUGUUGUCUCGUCCAGGAGCAUGUCCUGCAAAGGAGCUUCAUCGCUUUCAUAUAUAUUCCCUCUCUUUCGUUGCAACGCAGCUCAUGAUCUGAACAAACUUCAGUCACUAGUUUUGUAAUACUUUCAUGCGUUGUGGGAAACGCUUUUACAGACGAAAGUCUUUUAUGUUUGUAUGUAUAUAUAGAGAAACAGAGUGUCUAUAUAAGCCUUGCAUUUUGUAAUAUCAAUAU